AUGACAAGCCAUGUAACAUUUUCACAAUCAGAAAGUGAAAUGGAAAAUACUAACAGCAAUUCAGAAUAUUCUUCAGAGUCUCAUACAUCAUCCGAGUCAAGUUCUUAUACCAAUUUUCAUAAGCAAGAACAAUAUUGGAAACAACAUUUAGGAGAAAAUACAAAAAUGCCAAAGGCUGUUACAGAUUCUUUAAAAGAAGAUAAUAACUUAAAAGGUAAUGCACAAAUGGAUGGCAACUCAAUGCUUAAAUUUAAAAGUUAUGUUAGACCUAAAGGUUCUGGAGGUUCGAAUUUUAACACAAAUAAACAAAUGGAAGAUGGUGGAGUUAAUACUGGCACUGAAACACCAAAUGGUGAAAAUUUUGGUUCUUCAUCAACUUUAAGUCAAUCGUCGAGCAAGUGGUCAAAUGAGCAUUCUAGCCAUUCGUCUAGCCAAUUCUCAAAGUCACACCAUGCCUCAAGUAUAGCUUCUGAAAAAUCUUCAAGUCACACAUCUAGAAAAUCUUCAAGUCACAAAUCAAGUCAUGAAUCAGGGUCAUCAGAGUCAUCAAGUCAAACAUCAAAUUAUGCUAAAGCUUCAAGUAAAUCAUCUAAUCAAUAUUCUAAUAUGCAUACGGGGCAAGAAUCAAGCCAAGCACCAAGUCCAACAAAAGGCUUAAGCCAAGAUAAUGGUCAGUCGUCUAAAGGAUCAUCAAGCCAAUCUUCAGAAAAUUCUUCUCGACAAGAUUUAAGUAAAGCUUCAAGUCAAGCAUCGGAGUCGGAUCAUGAUUCUAAUAAAGCUUCUAACAUAUCUCCUGAAACACCUACAGGCCAAGAAUCAACCCAAUCACCAAAUACAUCUUUUAAUCAAGAUUCAAAUCAAGCUUUGUUGUCAAAUAAAACAUCAAGUUCAAAUGAAGGAACAAAUCAAACAGCUAAGAAAUCGCCAAAUACACCAUCAAGAAAAGAAUCCAACAAAGCCUUUGAAAAAACCUUAAGCAAAAACUCUAGCCAAGCAUUAGGUGAAGCACCAAGCAAAUCUUCUAAACAUGCAUUUGAACAAGGAUCUAAGUCAUCAAACCAAGAAUCAAAUACGGACUACACAAAUCACGCUUCUGAACAAUACCCUAGAGAGUCCUCAACUCAAUCAUCAAAUAACGAUUCUAAUUACGAGUCUGAACAACCUUCUAAUAAUUCUACAAAUCAAGCACCUAGGCAAUCUUUUGAGAAUUCAUCAAUUCAAAACUCCAACCAAGCUUCUAAUGAGUCUUCUACAAAAUCUUCAAGUCAUAAUCAAAGUCAUGCAUCAAUACAACCAAUAGAUAAGCCUUUAAGUCAAGCUUCCAACAAAAACAUUAGUCAAGCAAAAGGUUAUUCUUUUGAGAUAUCCUCAACUCAAGACUCAAACCAAAACACAAAUGAAGAAACCAAAAAGUCAUUUGAUAAAUCUUCAAGUCAAAACUCUAACGAAGCAUCCAAACACUCUAACCAAGCAUCAGAUCAAAACUCAACUCACUCCUGUAACCAAACAUCUGGCAAUUUCUCAAGAUUAGACAAUAAUGGAUAUGAUCAGGAAUCUAGCCAACAACUGAAUCAAGGAUCCAAACAAGCCUCAAGAAAUAACUCUAGCCAAGCCUCUGGCGAAGCCUUAAACCAACAGGCUAAUGAUGAAUCCAAUCAAACUUCUAGGCAUCACUCUAGUAAGGGAUCUGAAUAUGGCUCAAGCAAACACUCUAACCAAGCAUCUGGGAAAUCCUCAAGCCAACACUCUAGUCAAAGAUCUUCAAAAAGCUCAAAUAACUACUCUAGCCAAGCAUCCGGGAAAUCCUCAAGCCAACACUCUAAUCAAGGAUAUUCACAAGGCUCAAGUAACUACUCUAGCCAAGCAUCCGGGAAAUCCUCAAGCCAACACUAUGGUCAAGGAUCUCCACAAACCUCAAGAAAUAACCACUCUAGCCAAGCCUAUGACAAAUCCUCAAACCAACACUCUGAUGAAAAUUCUAACAAAACAUCCCAGGAAACCUCUAACCAAACACCACAACAAGUCUCGAACCUGAAUUCAAACCAAGAAAAUAAUAAUUUCAGAAACCAAAAGUCUUGGCAAGAUUUAGGAAAAAUAUCAAGUGAAGAAUCAAAAAACCACUCUAAUACAGAUUCCUUGAAAUCAUCUGAUAAAUCCUCAGAUCAACACUCAACUAAUGGAACAAAUCAAGUAUCUAGACAACAUUCUGGCCAAGAAUCUGAUCAAGCCUCAAACCACCACUCUCACCAAUCAUCUACCGAAGCCUCAAACCAACACUCUAGUGAAGCAUCUAGUAAAUCCUCAUACCAGCAUUCUAAUGAAGCAUUGAAUAAUUCCUCAAACCAACCCUCUAGUCAAUAUUCCCAAGAAGCCCCGAGCCAAACAACUAGCCAAGAUGCUCAGCAAGCCUCAAGUCAAGAUUCUAGCAAAACAUCCCAGCAAAAUUCAAGCCAACACUCAAGUCAAGUACCUAACCAAGACACAAGCCAAAACUCUAGGCAAGCAUUUGGUGAAACUUCAAGACAACAUUCACACCAAGAACUUAAUAAAAAAGAAUCAAAACAAUACUCUAGAGAAGAUUCAAAGAAAUUCUCAAGUAAAUCCUUAAGCCAAGACUCAAAUGAUGGAUCUGAUCAAUUAUACAAUAAACCCUCUUAUAAUAGAUAUAAUCAAGCCUCAAGCAAAAAAUCUAUUCAUUCAUCUGAUGAAUCCUCCAACCAUCACUCUAGUAAAUCAUCCAAUAAAUCCUCAAACAAACACUCUAGCCAAGCUUCACAACAAGCCUCAAGCCAACCAACUAAUGAAGCAUCUAAGGAAGCCUCGGAAAAAAAUUCUAGCCAAUUAUCCAAACACCAUUCAAGCCACAACUUUGAAUCAAGGCAACAGUCUAGUGAGGGUUAUAAGAAAUCAUCAAGACAUCAAUCUAACCAAGAAUCAAGUCAAAACUCUAGACAACACUCUAGCAAUGCUUCCAAUCAUGCCUUUAAUAAACAAUCCAACCAUGCCUCUAGUAAAUCAUCCAGUCAGUCUUCCACCCAAUCCUCAAACCAUGCUUCAGGCUCUAGUAAGAGUUUUUACGGCCCUCCCAGAUCAUCUGCUACAGACAUGAGUAAAAGCUACGGAGCACCUAUGGAAUCACCUAAAGGCAUGGAGAAAUCCUCCUCCAUUGAAACACUCAAAGGCUCUCAAACCAUGAAACAAGACAUUUCUAGUAUUGUGGAUGCUGUUGCUUCUCUCUUCUUUUCCGAGAGUGACUUAAGCCUUGGGAAGAAAAUGAACCUCCACUUCAUGAAGUCCACUAAUCCAACCACCUUUAUAUCUCGAGAUAUGGUUGAAAAACUACAUUUCUCCCUGGCUAACUUACCCGCAAUCUUAAAACACUUCAAUCUAAAACAAGACUCACUAGAGGCCACCAUGAUGAACGAAACACUACAAUAUUGCGAGGAUGAACAAGGUGGUGAUAAGUGUUGUUACUCCUUGGAAUCCAUGGUUGAUUUUGCCACCUCUACGAUAGGAUCGCAAGUUAAGGCAAUAUCGGCAAACAUAGAUAAAGAUAUCAAUAUGGAGUACAAAGUCACAGGUAUCAAGAAGCUUCCAUGUGGUGCUCAAGCGGUAACUUGCCAUAAGAUCCCUUUCCCUUGUGCUGUGUUCUAUUGCCAAAAGAGAGAGAACAUGGAUGUGUACAUAGCAACUUUGGUGGGUUCGGACAGCUCCACUUUGAAUGCACCAGCAGUUUGCCACAAAAAUUCAAACUCAGAUGACCAUGCUCAUUCGCUAUCCUUUCAAUUUGAGCCUAAAACAUGCGCAAUUUGCCAUUUUCUACUUGAUGAUGAUGUAUUAUGGAUUGCUAAAUAG